AACGAAAGCUGGAAUCUGACUGGUUGCCAUGGGAACUGCUGCGCUGUUCCUCUGCACAAGGUUGCCUCGCCGCUUCCUGUCACAUCUUCUGCUCAUGAUAAACAGCAAAGAAAACCGGAGGGCGAAGCUCUGAAGACGAAAUAACAAGUUUAUCUUACAAGGGGAUUGUUGGGAGAUGAAUGAAAAGAGCGCAGAGACAUGGACUAUUGGGGAUAAAAGUCGGAUGACAAGGGUGAGAUGUGACGAUCUCCGAGGUAAUCCGGUGCCCAUGGACGAUAAGCGCAGAUUAAGGACGUUGAGGCAGUGUGAUGGGUAUAAUGCCGGUUUCUGGGCUCAGAAGCGCCCCUCAUGUGUGUGGCCAGCCUGGAACAAGGGGGAGCAGGUUCUCUCCACCUUCAAAUUGUGGGAGAAAUCACUUGUUGCUAUCAGAGUCAGGUUCGGCUCCAGUAUCAGCUCCUAUUUCUCCUUCCUCCGGUUCCUGUUGCUCUUGAACGUUGCUUCCAUCAUUCUGACCACUGGUUUAGUCCUUCUUCCCACCAUGGUCCGAAAUAAAAUAGGACACAACCAAAGCUAUAUAGCACCGUGUGUAAACUCAUCAGUCCUGCAGAGCCGGUCCUUACAGAGUCCUCUACUGGACGUCUUCACAGGAGAAGGCUUCAUGGCGGACACCUUCCUUUUCUACGGACAUUACACUGAUGUGAUGGAGCAGGACGACUCCUUCAGCGUCCGCUUGUCCUACUUGCUGACGCCUUUUGUUUUCUUAUUAAUCUGCAGCCUUGUCUUCUUACAAUGUUCGGUGAAAGGAAUAACCCAAAGGCGGGUACGUAGCCGCCACUACAGGACCUCCAUCAGCAGCAAAGUCUUUUCAGGUUGGGAUUUCUGUGUGAGGGAAUCGGUGCGGUCUACCCUAAAGCAGAAGAGUUUCAGUGAUGACAUCAAGUCUGAUUUGGCUGAGGAGUAUUGGCAUUAUCGAGCCGCCCAACACUCUCUUCAGGAAAGAGCUCGCCUUAUUGUUUUACGGCUUUUUCUCAACGGUAUCAUCCUGGGUCUGAUGGGCGGAAGUUUUUAUGUUAUAUAUCUGGCCACCGGGGAGUCUCAAGAUUAUCAAGAGAAGUCAGGUCAUCCCUUCCUCAGCCUGCUGACCCAGUAUCUGGUUCCUAUUGUCAUCUCCUUGGUUCGUCUGAUCCUGCCGUAUUUCUUCAUGAUCCUGGUAAAAUUUGAAGGCCGGUCACCAAGUGCGGAGAUAACCUUAACCCUGAUCAGGUGCGUAUUCCUCAGGCUCGGAACCUUGGUGAUUUUCCUCUUUUCUCUGGGCCAAAAGAUCAUGUGCUUGGGGGGUUCCAAGGCGCCGUGUGAGAACUGCGGCUACAACACGCGAUUCCAGUGUUGGGAGACCUCCGUGGGGCAGGAGUUUUACAAGUUGUCCAUGUUUCACUUCCUCCAGUCAGUAGUACAGUUCUUGUUCUUGCAAUUUCCUCGCAGCUUCCUGUUUUCCCGAUACCAUUGCCGCUUCAUGCGUUGGCUUGGGAAGGAGAAAUUCCUGCUAUCCCAGAAUGUUCUGGACACAGUGUACGGUCAGACGGUAGUGUGGGGGGGGAUGUUCUACGCUCCGCUGCUGCCGCUUCUCAACCUCAUCUUCCUCUUCAUCACCUUCUACAUUAAAAAGUAUUUCCUGUACCACCUGUGUGAUGUCUCCCCAAAAUUAUUUCGAGAAUCCACCCUGAAGAUCCUGUUUCACUUUGUCCUAUUUCUAGGCCUGAUGACCGUCUACUUUCCCUUAUCUUACCUGUUGACGAACGCUCGCCCAUCACACUCCUGUGGCUUGUUCACUGACUACAGAACUCCUUGGGAGGCCGUGCAGAACAGAAUUAGCUCAAUACUGCCCCCCGUAGCCCUGACCGUCCUGUCAUAUUUCACGUCAGACAUUGGCGCUUACUGCCUGCUUUUAAUUCUUUGUCUCGUCCUCACCUGCUAUGUCUCCCGUGUCCGACAGAAUGAACUAGAUGUGGAGCAGCUGAAGGAUCACUUGUCUAAUCAAAUAGCAGAUAAAGCAUUCCUGGUGCGAAGACUGAGGAAAGAAGAAGAAGAAGAAGCAUUGCAGAGUCCAAGGACCGCUAGUCCCAUCCCCAGUCAUGUGACCGACUGAAGAUUGGAAAACCUCCUUCUUAUGUGUGAUGUCCCAGUACAGGAUAUACUCCUGUACAGUACUUGGGCCCUGUCAGGUUGAGUCCCUCAUUGCCCUAGGGCAGUGGUCUUCAACCUGCGGAUCUCCAGAUGUUGCAAAACUACAA